CGUUGAGUCAGUAAGAAGCCUACGCGUUAGCUGGACCUCUUCUCACCAUUAGGCAAGAUAAUACACGCAAUACAACACAGCCUCAUUGAAAGCUGAAACCUAUCACCCAUGCAAAAGCUGCUCAAGAGUACCCUCACCUGGAGAAAAACUAAACAAGUUACACUACAAGCGGCCUGGAAUACUUUCGCUGGGUGUAUUCCUCCUCGCUGCACAACUGUAGAACCAUCCGAGCCGUGACAAUAAAUAUGGAAUAUACAGCCAUAACGUGGUGACAGAACAGCACUAACACCAUCGCUAUGGAGACGUCACCUUCUGCAGACAUGCUGUGGACACCCAGCAACACGUCCACUACAGAAGUAUUGACCACUCCGGCCUCCACCAGCAGCCUGCACUUCUUCCUGGAAUACCAGGACAAUGCAGUCCUGGUGGAGCAUUACAACUACACAGGCAAGCUGCAGAGAGACCGCUAUCGCCAGGGACUCAAACCAGAGGGCAUCGCCUUCCUGGUGGUGUGUCUCCUCAUCGUCCUGGAGAACGCCGUGGUUCUCCUCUCUAUCUGGAGGAACAAGAAGUUCCACCUCCCAAUGUACUACCUCCUGGGGAACCUGACGCUGUCUGACCUCCUGGCCGGUAUCACCUACAUGGCCAACAUCCUCAUGUCUGGACACAACACUCUGAAGCUGACGCCGUUGCUAUGGUUCCUCAGAGAGGGAGGCGUUUUCCUAACGCUGGCGGCCUCUGUGGUCAGCCUGCUAGCCAUCGCAAUCGAACGCCAUGUGACCAUGGUGACCAUGCGGCCCUACCAUGGGGCCAAGAAGGGACGGAUGUGGGCCCUGAUCGCCGCCAGUUGGGCCCUAGCGGUGUUCCUCGGGGUGCUGCCCAUCCUGGGAUGGAACUGCAUGCAGAAGCUGGACCAGUGCUCCACCGUCCUUCCCCUGUACGCCAGGAGUUACAUCCUCUUCUGCGUGUCAGUGUUCAUGGCCGUACUGCUAGCCAUCGUAGUGCUCUACGUGCGGGUUUUCCGCAUCGUAAGGGUUAACACCAAGCGGCAGGGCCACGGCCUUUCGAGUAGCCUGCGGAAAGGCCUGGCCAGGAAGUCCCAGAAGUAUAUAGCCCUUCUGAAGACAGUCACCAUUGUCCUGGGCGUGUUCAUUGCCUGCUGGCUUCCGCUCUUUCUACUCCUUCUCCUGGACUUCUUCUGCCCAACCCGCAGCUGUAAACUGCUAUUCAAGGCUGAUUACUUCCUGGGUGUAGCGAUGGUCAACUCCCUGCUCAACCCUAUCAUCUAUACGCUCACGAGCAAGGACAUGAGGAGGGCCAUUCUUAGACUGCUGUGCCGGCCCUGUCUGAUGACCAGGGACGGCCGGGUGAAGAAGAUGGGAAUGCCCUUCCUGGAGUGCAGCUUCAGUAAGACUGAGGUAGCAACACAGAAGCUAGAGGGGGCAGCGGAGACCACAGUCUCCUCCGGCAACAAUGUUACAACCCCCUCCUCCCCCGUCAAAGCACUCUACCCCAGAAUGUUGAAGUCCUGAGGAGUCUAUCUGACACUUUGCAGAAUACUCUUGAGUGUGUGUGUGUGUGUGUGUGUGUGUGUGUGUGUGUGCGUGCGUGCGUGCGUGCGUGCGUGCGUGCGUGCGUGCGUGCGUGCGUGCGUGCGUGCGUGCGUGCGUGCGUGCGUGUGUGUGUGCGUGCAAUGGUGCACAUGUGUGCACACAUGUGUGUGUAGGCCUCAAGAAUGUCUCCAAAUUGGAGCGUAGACUCCAAUAACAUAGAAGGUGGGUGCAGUGGAAAGAGAGAACAGCUAGAACGUUUUUAGCUGCGUUUUUACCGAAAUGCCUCCCCCAAAGAUGUCACGGAGCAAUGCAUUUACAGUGCCAAAACCACAGAGAUAUGUACGGUAGUCCGAAUGGAGGACAGGCUGUACGAGUGAAAUUGCACUGAUGAAAUAUUGGACUGAGCUAUUAUUGUGGCACCACUACAGUUGGUGUCAACACUCCAAAUUCAGUGAAUUUGUUCAAGUGAAUGUGUAUGCAUGACCCAUUUUGGUUAUGCAUGCAAAAGCAAUGUGCUGAAGAAAAAACAUGGACACUCGGAUGGCAUGAUCAACACAUGGAUUAUUGGUCUUUGCUGGAUCAAAGGACCAAGAUGUCAUACUGCCUGUUAGAAUAAACUGUAUUAUACCACUACAUUGUGUUUCUCAACAUAGAUAGAAAUGUAAAAAUAAUUACAACCAAAGAGAGUAAGAGAUCUUCUGAACUGCAAUGUGUGAGAUUUCAUGAGAUUGUGUGGAGAAAUGAAUGUAUCGUUCUGCAUUUCGCAAAUGGUUAACUGGGAAACAGGGACAGUAUUUCAUACCCCAUACUAGCCCUCACUAACAGACAAGACGCAACACCGAUGUUGCGAGUCAAUACUCUUCACUCCACUCAUCACCCAGCAAGGUCAUGCCUGCCCAUGACAAAGGCCAUUUGGACUGGAGCAGAGAACACUAAACUAAACAAUUUAAGCACUCUUUUAACACUCAACCAAUUUUGCAAUAAGAUUGGGUCUACAUGUAGCAUUUGUAAGGAACUGUAUUUGACAUCAUUUAUCUACAAUUUGAAUAUAUGUAUAAAUAUCCUACAUUUAAAAAUAAUGUAUACAGUUUAAUUAUUGAAUGGUUUGAUGUUUUAUUUGGAGAUCCUGUAUUUAACAUUGUAUUUUUGUAUCUUCAGAGAAUGUGUGUAGCAUAUAUCAAUUUGUAUCAUACUUUUGUUCAACAAUGCAAUAAACAGUCCACAAUAAACUACACCUCAUUCUCAUUUUACACUAUGUGAGAGGGCAUGGCAAUAGAAACUAUGUGUAUGUUU